AUGCAGAUUGCUCCACGUGUCCUAGAUAAUGUUGGAGUCGAUCAGGAGACAGUUGCAUUCUCUGAUGGAGGGGAGUCAGGAUCUAGCCGUAUUGUUCAUUCUGAAAAUGUUUUACAUCAUCCGCGUUGGUUACAUCCUUCCUCACAUGCUCCAUCACAUGUUCUACACCUUCAACCUCAAGAAUCAGAGGUUAACCCUCAGUUUGAAGAUGAUUUAGAUGAGGACUGGUUAAGGGAAGAAGAAAUGCAACGUACAGAUGAAUCGACCAAGCGAAACACGCGGGGAAUUACACGUAUGGUUGAAGUGUGGAAUUUGACUCCAGAAGAACGCAUUAUGCUCACCUUCAACAAGGAUUUGCAGGCUGUUUCUACAGAGGGUGGUAUAUUCAGUCGCUUCAUAGGUACCAUUGCUAGGAAGCCACACUUAUGCCCAAUUAAGUACAAGAAUUGGCAUGAAGUGCCAGAUCAGUAUAAAGAAGAUUGUUGGAAUAUUAUUGAGUCCAAGUUUGCCAUUCCUCAAGAUGAGAGAAGGGAUAUGAUUAGGCAUCGAACAUUGAAGUCAAUGGGAGAGAAAUGGAGAAAUUGGAAAUGUAGUUUAAAAGCAAAGUACUAUGAUGAGACAAAGACAGCAGCACAGAUAGUAGCUACUGCGCCUUUAACAGUUAAUCGUGAGCACUAUGCUGACCUUGUCGCGUAUUGGUUUUCAAAGGAAGGACAGGAACUUAGUACAACCAAUAAGGAAAGCCGGCGAGAGCAAACAAGUGCACAUACAGCAGGAUCUAAAACUUAUGCACAACAUGCAUAUGAUAUGGAGCAAAAAGAUAAGAUUGCACUAGAUCGAGCAAAAUUAUAUAUACCGUUUCACAAAAGGAAGGAUGGGACACCAGUCAAUGAAGCAGCAGCUGCAAAAAUUGAAAAACUAGAAGCUUUGAUGAGCUCACAACCAAGCAGCUCCGAAGGAAAUGUUGGUGGACGUAUAUCUUGGUCACCAAAUGAUAUUUAUUCUCAAGUGAUGGGUAAAGAGCAUCAUGGUCGUGUUCGAGGUUUAGGAUUUGGGCCUACUCCUUCCAAGCAUGGCUUCAUGUGUAAUAGUUUUGACCACAUAAGAAUGGUUUCUGAUGAAGACAGAAUAAGAGACAAAGACACUAUAAUUGAGUUGAAGGAACAACUAAAAACUCAAGGUGAUCAGUUGCAAACUCAAGGUAUUCAGUUGCAAGCUCAAGAUGCUGUAAUAAACUCUUUAAAAGAGCAAGUAGCAUUUUUGAUGAGUCAGAGACAUAGUUCUAGUGGUUUGCAGGCGACAGAUGGAUCUAGUGGCAUUCCGGACCAAGCUUCUCUACAAACACAUCAAAGAUCCUCUUUUGGGAGUCAUGAAAUGCAACCUUCUAAUCAGGGAAAUAAGACAAUAUGAAAGUAUCAAACAAUGGACGUCAUUUCUUGAUUUGAACAUUUUUCAUGGAGGUCUUUAUAAAAUGGCGUCAUGAGUAAUACUUUUGAGUACUAUUGUUAUGUGACAAGUUUAUCUUUUGGAUUAUGGUGUGGGCUAUUAGUUUGCUAGAAACAUUGGAUCUUUUUUGUAUUACAGGUUUAUGUAAUGAACCAUUUAAUUAAGUUGUUUUGGAUAUUUUGGGAUUAUGAAAAUGCAGACUCUUUUACCUUUUACAAUUAUUGAGUAUUGAGCCAUUAGAAUAAAAU